CCCACCCCUCGCUAUGUGAGACGGAGAGCCUGGGAUCUGAUAAAGGGGAUGGGGAGGCGGCCAAUGUCUGUCUGCCCAUCGGUGCGAGGAGCAGUGACAGGCGCAAACUUUUCCCCGUGCCAUUAAUGAGCCAAUUAAAGAGUUGGGCUCCUCACCCCAGGAGAGCUCUCUGCAGGCUGCCGGGCUCAGGGAUUCAAGGUAGGUGAAAAGAAGAUCACAACCCACCACAAUCUUCCAGCCUCAGCAAAGAACCGCAGUGAUGUGCUGUGCUAGGUUGUGGGUCGCUUCCCCACGGUGGAAAAUGAGGAGGAAAAAAAAAAAAAAACUUGGUUGGAAAAAUGUGAUGUUUGGGUGGAUUCCCGCUCGGGGCAGGGCUGGGCAGAGCGGGUCUCCCCUGGCUGGGGUGUAGCUGAGGUAGACAUCCCCGACCCCAGCCGAGGAAUGAGGACAGUAGCCGAGAAGAAAUUCAAAAGAAAGAAAGAGAGAAAAAAAAAAAAAAAAAAAAAAAAAAAAAGGAGAAAACAAGCAGAAAUAUUCCGUGACUGGAAAUGUAUCCCUGGCUGAGGGUCUGGCAGCGCGGAGCGCGGGGAGGUCUGGCCGCUGCCGCGGUGCCGGCCAGAGGGAGCGCGAAGGGGACCGGCAGCCCCAGCCCCGGCGGCACCGAACCCGCUAACGCCGGGAGCCGGGGGCUGCUCUCCGCUGCGCCUUCGUUCCGGUCAUGCAGUGCACACCUGGGCUGGGAAAUGAGAGGGCUGUGGGAGGAGAGUGCGGAGCAGGCUUCUCCGCGGGCGCGCUAGAUGGGAAAAUACACUUUUUUUUUCUUCUUUCCCCUCUGGUGGGAGAAAAUACUACACCCGCCGGAGGCUGGUUGUUGAUUACUGUUUCUCGCGGCUCCGCUGCGGCGCCGUGUACUGGCUCCCUCACUCCAGGACUGCUGUUGUCUUCACAGAGAGAGGCUCCGGGGAAGUCACCCAGCGCCCUGGGAGGCAGCCCGCGGCCGUGCGUUUCGGCCCUCGGAUUGACAGCGGAUCACGGGAAAAAACGGGAUUACUAUGACCCUCUUCCGAGGAGCUAUGCUGCCCGCCAUGAGUAGGAAAAAAACCCAGAAAUACAUCGUUUGGUUGCUGUCUGAUGCCUCAAUCUUCUAGUUUGUUUUUGUUUUUUAAUGCUGUUUCUUGGAGUGCUGAGCUGCAUUGGAUAAAUGCCUUUCCCAUCUAAUUGACUCUGCUUUUCAGAGUAUAUAUACUUUUUUUUUUUCUUUUUCCUUUUUUUUUUUUUUUUUUUUUUUCAAAGAAGAACUCUACACUUCAACACUUGUUUGCAUUUACACAACAGAACGGUUUUUCUGAGUAAUGGCCGCGCUCAGAAUCACCGCCUGAUGCUCCGGAGAGAUGAAUUGCAUAUGAGUUUCCCUUCCACCUUUGGAUGAAUCUCUGGAGUUUAAAUUGUAACAAGGAAGCGGGAAAAAAACACGAUGAAAGAGAAGUCCAAAAAUGCUGCCCGGACUAGACGGGAGAAAGAAAACAGUGAAUUUUAUGAACUGGCUAAAUUACUACCCCUGCCCUCCGCUAUCACCUCUCAGCUGGACAAAGCAUCCAUAAUCAGACUCACCACGAGCUAUUUAAAAAUGAGAGUGGUUUUUCCAGAAGGACUUGGAGAAGCCUGGGGCCACUCCAGCCGAACCAGCCCACUGGAUAAUGUUGGACGGGAACUGGGAUCCCAUCUUUUGCAGACGCUGGACGGUUUCAUAUUUGUUGUGGCUCCGGAUGGCAAGAUCAUGUACAUCUCGGAGACUGCCUCGGUGCACCUGGGCUUGUCGCAGGUAGAGCUGACCGGCAAUAGCAUUUACGAGUACAUCCACCCCGCCGACCAUGACGAGAUGACGGCGGUGCUGACGGCGCACCAGCCUUACCACUCGCACUUCGUGCAGGAGUACGAGAUCGAGAGAUCCUUUUUCCUGAGGAUGAAGUGUGUCCUGGCUAAGAGGAACGCGGGCCUCACCUGCGGGGGCUACAAGGUCAUUCACUGCAGCGGGUACCUGAAGAUCCGCCAGUACAGCCUGGAUAUGUCCCCCUUCGACGGCUGCUACCAAAAUGUUGGCUUGGUCGCCGUGGGCCACUCGCUGCCGCCCAGCGCCGUGACAGAGAUCAAGCUCCACAGCAAUAUGUUCAUGUUUCGGGCCAGCCUAGACAUGAAGCUCAUAUUCUUAGAUUCCAGGGUAGCUGAGCUAACAGGUUACGAGCCCCAGGACUUGAUAGAGAAGACCCUUUAUCACCACGUCCAUGGCUGUGACACCUUUCACCUGCGUUGUGCACAUCACUUGUUGCUGGUGAAAGGGCAGGUGACCACCAAGUACUACCGCUUCUUGGCCAAGCACGGCGGCUGGGUGUGGGUGCAGAGCUACGCCACCAUCGUGCACAACAGCCGCUCCUCCCGCCCGCACUGCAUCGUCAGCGUCAACUACGUGCUCACGGAUACUGAGUACAAAGGACUACAGCUCUCCCUGGAUCAGGUCACUGCUACCAAGCCGGCAUUCCCAUACGCAAAUUCAGCUCUGACCAUAACGGAUAAUAGGAAGGGGAGCAAAUCUCGCCUCUCGAGCACAAAGUCAAAAUCAAGGACAUCACCGUACCCACAGUAUUCUGGAUUCCACACUGAGAGAUCCGAGUCUGACCACGAGAGCCAGUGGGGCGGGAGCCCGCUGACCGACACGGCUUCUCCCCAGCUCCUGGAGCCCGCGGACAGGCCGGGCUCCCAGCACCACGACGUCUCCUGUGCCUACAGACAGUACUCGGACCGCAGUGCGCUCUGCUACGGCUUUGCCCUCGACCACUCCCGGCUGGCUGACGACACGCAUUUCCACACCCAGGCCUGUGAAGGAGGCAGGUGCGAGGCUGGCCGCUAUUUCCUUGGCACGCCGCAGCCGGGAAGGGAGAGCUGGUGGGGAUCCCGUUCAGCACUGCCUCUGACUAAGUCGUCCCCCGAGAGCAGAGAAGCGUAUGAGAACAGUAUGCCCCACAUAACGUCAGUGCACAGGAUUCAUGGAAGAGGACACUGGGAUGAGGACAGUGUUGUUAGCUCCCCUGAUCCUGGCUCCGCCAGCGAGUCAGGCGACCGAUACCGUGCUGAGCAGUAUCAGAGCAGUCCGCAUGAGCCCAGCAAAAUUGAAACUCUAAUAAGAGCCACCCAGCAAAUGAUUAAGGAAGAAGAAAACAGGCUACAGCUGCGGAAAACCACUCCUGACCCACUGGUCUCCGUUAACGGCACGGGGAAGAAGCACGCUAUCUGUUUUGCAAGCUACCCUCAGCAGCAGUUGGCAGUGGACGUCUGCCGCGUCCCAACAGUGGCCAACACUCCUCCUUGUGAACACAUCCAGCAGCGAGACGGGAAGAUUAUGAGCCCGCACGAAAACGACUAUGACAACAGCCCCACAACACUGUCUAGGAUAAGCAGCCCCAGUUCUGAUCGAAUAUCAAAAUCUAGUUUGGUACUUGCUAAAGACUACCUGCACUCAGACAUGUCCCCUCAUCAAACCCAGGGAGACCACCCAGCAGCCUCUCCCAAUUAUUACAGCUCCCACAGGCAGUACUUUGAUAAGCACGCUUACACAUUAACUGGAUAUGCCCUGGAGCAUCUAUAUGACACUGAAACAAUUAGAAACUAUUCACUAGGCUGUAAUGGAUCCCACUUUGAUGUGACUUCUCAUUUAAGGAUGCAGCAAGAUCCAGCACAAGGACACAAGGGAACAUCUGUUAUAAUAACUAAUGGAAGCUGACAC